AUGGAAGCAUCAGACGUUCGUCUCAUUGAGACUGAGCCUUGUCAUGAUUACGAUUUGGAAGCUACUUCGCCACCCGUUUGCACUGUGGAAAGGGGCAUCAAUUUCAACGGGUUAGGCGACGCGGGCCAUGAGCCAUUCUUUCUUUGCGAGCAGGAGCCAUGUCAGACACUUGAAGCUUUUUCUCGACGAGACCCUGAUAAUCAAAGGUCCGAUGGCUAUUGGAACGAGUAUAUCUGGGAAAAUGCCCGUGAGCUUUACCGGAGUCUUUGGCCCAGUGAAUGCAUCCACUGCCCUUGGGGUAACGAGACCGAUGAUUCUAACGAAGACGAAUUUGAACGAGAAUGGAGAAAGAAACACCUGACACUCCCACCUAAAAAAGCUUCCAAAAAGAAAAGCCAGAGCCGAGCCAUUAGACAAAGCCGGCUGAAGUUAAGGACCGGGAUGCGUAGCAUUCGUGCUAGUCCGAUGUCUGGAGUUUCCAUGGUUCGAUUUGAUGCCAUUCGGGAUAAAAUUUCUCAUUGCGCAACAAGCUAUGAGCACCAGAAAUGCUGCCCAGACUCGCUACGGUGGCGCAAUUUCCCCGGAAUCCGUUUUCGGCUCAUUGAUGUCCGUCGAAAAUGCGUCGUGGAUGCUCCGGAUGACUUGCCUUUUGCAGUUCUGUCAUACGUUUGGGGCAGUGUGGAUCAGGUCAAGCUCACGUCUGAGAAUGUUCGUGAGCUGUCCCGACCGCAGGGGUUGGAUUCGGUUUGGAGUCAUAUCCCAACGACAGUCCGAGACGCUAUGAUGGUAUGUGAGCGUCUUGGGGAAGCCUAUCUAUGGGUAGAUGCGCUCUGCAUUUUGCAAGACUCUGCUCGCGAUAGGAAGGUUCAGAUUCUGCGAAUGCGGUCCAUCUAUUCUGCGGCUAAGUUCACGAUUGUGGCAGUAUCUGCAAGGCACGCUGACGAGGGAUUCCAAGUGCAGCGAAGCGCGGCGGUUUCGCCAGAGUGCAACUCUAUCGACGAUCUUGAUACGUUCUUGGCAGAGUCAUCCUGGGGUAGUCGAGGCUGGUGUUACCAAGAACAAGUAUUAUCUCAUCGAGCAGUUUUUUUCACUUCCAAGGGAAUUUUCUUUCAGUGCCAGAAGGCCACAUAUCACUUGGACGGUACAGUACUACCGAAGACAAGUUACACGUCGUCAACACUCAGCGGCAACCAGUUCCACGGACUAGGCAGUCUCUUACAUAUUCCGCAGGGCAAAAGCCUGGAAUGCUUUCUUGCUGCCGUAGAAGCCUACUCAAAGCGAAGCUUCACUUAUGCAAAAGACAAGAUCUCGGCAUUUCAGGGCGUCUUCCAUAGGCAAGAGGGCGUGAUGGACGGGAAGCGGUCGAUGUUCCACUUCGGCCUGCCAACCUGUGCUUUCGACCAGACUUUCUGCUGGCGGACAGCCGAACAUAACCCCCACCUACGAAAUCCGAAUUUCCCUAGUUGGUCCUGGCUUGGCUGGGAUGAUGCAGUCUCCUUCGAUAGGGACCUCAUUCGCAUAGCUCGCACAAGUCAGAUUCUUGGAGGCGAUCGGCCACGAGACUUGAGGAACCGAUCAACGACGCAUCCGAUUUACCAGCUUCGGCAGCCAGUGCCGUGGCCGUCGGAGUUCUCCGCAAGCGAUGGCUUUGGAUUCCCCACCAACAUACUAGGUACCGGAAUGUUUAUAGAUCAUGGUUGGCCUUCCAUGUCAAUCACCACGAGCUCAGCCUAUCUUCGUAUUUCGGCACGCCCGCAACAAACCCGAAAUCGCAACGGUCUAUACGCCGUAUUUCCAACCAUUUGCAGCCAAAGUAACGCAACUCAAAGGGCCAACUUGUCAGGGCACCACGAAGUGGCCAGUUUUGACACCACCACACAUCAAGCAGGUCAGCAAUACGUGUCAUACGACAUCCGUGACCAUGACAGACAUAGAGAAUGUGAAGCAGAAACACCACUGGGUCACAUAUGGUUGGAUCUCAACUGGCGUGACAGUCAACCUGAUCUUCGCGUUAUGAAGUUUAUUGCUCUUGGUGGCCACUUGGAAUUUGAAGGGUCCGGCAACUGGCAAAUCACCAUGUUAAUGUGUCUUUUGGAAGCGGGUCCAGAAUCUCAUUAUGAAAGAUUUCAAAUUAUGGAUUGCUCGAUUCAACAGAGUUACUGGCUCAAGAUCAGCGGAUCUUGGAACAUGUUGGAUAUCCAAUAG